AUGUCCAAGCCGAUUGUGCUCAUCCUUGGAGCAGGUGCCAACGUAGGCACGGCCGUGGCCCACCGAUUUAGCCAAGAUGGGUAUCAGGUCGCGAUUUCUGCUCGUCGCAUCGCGAACGGCAUAUCACCCGAGGGGUAUAUCAUGAUUAAAGCGGACUUGUCAGAGAAAACGGCAGUCCCUCGAAUCUUUGAGAAAGUGAAAUCUGCAGCUGGAAUCCCCAGUGUUGUUAUCUACAAUGCGGCAACUUUCACACCUCCACCCCCCGAUGCUCCACUUUCUCUUUCCCCAGAAGCUCUGGAUCGCGAUAUCUGGGUUAAUACUCUCAGCGCAAUCAUUGCCGCUGACUACGCAGCAAAGGGAUUUGAGCAGCUCCCGGAGAGUGCGAAGAAAACAUUCAUCUAUACUGGAAACUGGCUGAAUACAACUAUUUCAGCCUCCAGUGCUUUGCUCACUUUAGGAGUGGGCAAAGCAGCAAGUGCAUACUGGAUUGGAUCGGCAAACCAAACUUACUCUCAAAAGGGGUACAGGUUUUACUAUGCUGAUCAGCGCACGCCUGAGGGAACAUCAAUGCGAACAGGCGUUGAUGGCGUGGCUCAUGCCGAGUUCUUUAAGCAGCUUGCCGACAGACAGGACCCUUCUGUUCCGUGGCUUGCUACUUUUGUCAAGGGAAAGGGGUAUAUUAAUUUUGCCAAGUAA